AUGUCUUUUCAGGAAGUACAUGCAAUUGUUGAGGAUCUUUCCCUGAAACUUGGAACAUCUGGUGAAAAAUGGUUACAGUCAGCAACAAAAAAGCCGAAAUAUUUCGAGUUUACACCGGUCGAGCUCUAUGCCAUCACAGAAAGGAUGAAAUUGGCUGAACCAACAACAAAUGGUGAUGGAAAAAUGGAUGUUGCAAACUAUGUAGAAUUUCUACAUAAUGUUCGAAAUUUAAAAAUUCGAGGCGCUCGAGGUUAUGUUGGCACAUCGAAUAUCAUAUGGAAUUCGCUACCAUUCGGUCUCAAUCUCUGCAAAAAUAUUACAGCUCUUUGGAUAAGCGACUUUGAUGUGCGAAUGAUUCAUGAUUUACAUUCGGUCCGUAGUACGUGUAAACGCGUCGUCAUCCAUUACUCUAUGAAAAAACUUUCUGAUUUUCUCCUAGAACCCGAUGAGAUGCUGCCAGUUGAAAAUCAAGAGAAAUGGUCGUCUCUGGAAGAAAUUGAUUUUUCAUUCAACGAACUUGAAGAAAUUGAUGAAAGCAUUAGUUUGCUGAAUUUGGUAUGGAAAAUGAACUUAUCACAUAAUCUUCUCACGAGUAUUGGAGAUCAUUUACAACAUCUUACGAUGCUGACUGAACUUAAUCUUUCACAUAACGCUAUUGAAGAUUUGGAUAUGUGGUAUACGAAGCUGGGUAAUGUAAAACGCUUGUAUCUUGCUGGCAACAAAAUAUCUACAUUUAAUGGACUGCAUAAAUUAUAUUCUUUGGAAUUUCUGGAUUUAACUGACAACGUUGUUGCUUCUCCUGACGAUAUUCGAAUGGUUGGUACUCUUCCUUACUUAGAUCAUCUGAUUUUGCGAGGCAAUCCAAUCCGCCAAGUUAUCGAAUACAGGAUAAAAGUUUUGGAACACUUUGGAGAAAGAGUUGCUGAGGUAAAAUUGGAUAGCAGAAAGCCUGAUCAACGUGAAAUGGAUACAAUAUCAGUUCGUUUAGCAUUGCGAAAAGCGCGAGAAGAGAAAGAACAGACUCGAGAAAGGACAUUAGGAAUCGGUAAAAAAACGAAGUUAAAUUUGAACAUUUUUUUAACCCGUUAG